GCGCAGGGCACCGGGCCAACAAAGCGAUGUCAACAGGGUAUUUCCAUAGUCGAAUUGAGCGCACUGGGUCGCAUUCCUUCACUUUGCUACGGGAUUAAACGGCAGAAACUCAUGGUCCAUCUUUUUUUUGGGACCAUUCUCACAAAUUGCACUGCUUCAAACAGACCCUGUGGUCCAGUUAGUGUCGAAUUGUUGGGAAUGAAUCGGAAUUCACCCUAGCUUUGGACCAACAGACGAUAUUCAGCAUCGCAACAAUCGCCAACCACUGGCAGUAUUUCCCAAUCCAAUACAACCAAUAUGGAGAAAGAUGGUCUCGUCGGGUUGAGAGCUCCCAACGAACGGCCGGCCGAGUUGGCUGACUCGCGGAGGAGGGAUCCCUCUUUGCCAGUGAAAGACACAGGCUGGUCCUCACGCAUCAAGCAAAGAUACCCCAUACUCCAGAAAAGGCAAGGAAAAGCUCUCGUGAUCACCAUCCUGCUACUUCCCCUGUUGGGACUGCUCGGACUCUUGGUCCUUCGACAUGGGGGUUAUAGUAGUAGUGCAACCGGUGUUGGUGGCGGUGGUGGUAACGGACAGAAUGCUAUCACGGACGACACAUACUUUUAUGGACUAUCUGAGCCGGUGUAUCCUUCUCCGACUAUGACGGGCCUAGGCAGCUGGGCUGAGUCAUUGACGAAGGCCGGUGAUAUGGUCAAAAACAUGACAGUCGAGGAGAAAGUUAGCUUGACCACUGGCACUGGAGCACCGAAUGGCUGUUCUGGCAGCAUACCUGCCAUUACACGCCUGGGGUUUCCUGGACUUUGCUUGAGCGACGCAGGCAACGGACUUCGCGCGACGGAUUUUGUGAGUGGUUGGCCAAGCGGAAUACACGUUGGUGCGAGCUGGAACAGAAACCUCACCCGGCAGCGAGCUGUAAAUAUGGGGGGCGAGUUCAGAACGAAGGGUGUCAACGUCGCGUUGGGCCCCGUAGUAGGACCGGUCGGCAGAGUCGUUCGCGGGGGUCGUAUUUGGGAAGGCUUUGCUGUAGAUCCUUAUCUGUGUGGUGCUUUGGCAUACGAAACGGUUUCUGGAAUUCAGUCCACUGGCGUCAUCACGAGCACCAAGCACUUUAUUGGCAAUGAGCAAGAGACGAACCGAGUUCCGGGAGGUGGUGUCGAAGCGGUGUCAUCGAAUAUUGAUGACAAGACGAUGCAUGAGCUUUAUCUCUGGCCUUUCCAAGACGCGGUCCUCGCAGGAUCGGGUAACAUCAUGUGCAGCUAUCAACGAGUCAACAACUCUUAUGGUUGCUCUAAUAGCAAGACACAGAAUGGUCUACUCAAGACGGAGCUUGGGUUCCAAGGAUUUGUCGUCUCUGAUUGGGGUGCUAUGCACUCUGGUGUUGCGACCGCACUUGCUGGAAUGGAUAUGGUGAUGCCGUCGUCGGAUAUGUGGGGCGACAAACUCACUUCUGCCGUCUCCAACGGCUCGGUAUCCGAGGCUAGACUGGAUGACAUGGCAACACGGAUCAUUGCCUCUUGGUACCAAAUGAAGCAAGACCAAGACUUUCCAGACCCUGGUGUGGGCAUGCCUUCUGAUUUGACGAAGCCGCACCGUAUUGUGGACGCACGAGACGUUUCUUCGAAGCGGAUUCUGCUAGAUGGAGCAGCCGAGGGUCAUGUCCUUGUGAAGAAUAUCAACAAUGCACUGCCGCUCAACAAACCGCGGAUGCUCUCGCUAUAUGGGUACUCAGCCAGGAACCCUGAGCAGUGGAACUACAAUUCAUCUGGUGGAGUUCCCGCGUGGACGUUUGGCGGCGAGUCAGCAUACUUCGGAAAAGAUAUCUCUGUCGGGUUCGCUGGUGAAGAGGCCGAAUCGCCUUCUCAAAUAGCUCCGAACGGGACAAUCGUGAGUGGUGGCGGCAGCGGCGCGGCUACGCCGGCGCAUAUCAGAAGCCCUUACGACGCUCUAAACUCGCGGGCGUACGGGGAUGACACAGCUUUGUUUUGGGACUUUUAUUUCUCAAAUCCCUACGUGGCCGCAGCCUCGGACGCUUGCAUUGUUUUGGUGAAUGCCUUCGCCUCCGAAGGAUAUGACCGUCCUGGCAGUCUCCACGACGACUAUACGGACGGUCUGAUCAAGCACGUCGCCGACAGCUGCAAUAACACGAUUGUAGUGUUUCAGAAUGCCGGAGUUCGUCUGGUGGAUCAGUUCGUGGACCAUCCUAAUGUUACAGCGUUGAUCUUCGCACAUCUUCCUGGGCAGGAGUCUGGUGAGGCAUUAGUCUCGCUGUUAUAUGGCGACACAAACCCAUCGGGCAAGCUGCCGUACACUGUGGCUCACAACGAGUCGGACUACGACCACCUUCUGGGUCCGGACUUACCGGAGGGUAUCUUUGAGAAUUUCCCUCAGUCCAAUUUCACUGAAGGCGUCUACAUCGACUAUCGUCACUUCGACGCCAGAAACAUCACGCCACGAUACGAAUUUGGCUUCGGAUUGUCCUACACCACCUUUAACUACUCAAACCUGCAAAUCGAGAAGAACAACACCGCCGAUACAUCGAGAUACCCGACGGGGCCUGUUGUCGUGGGCGGACAGGCCGAUCUGUGGGAUAUCAUUGCAACCGUGACUGCCGACAUCCAAAACACCGGCGAUGUGGACGGGGCAGAAGUAGCCCAGUUGUACGUGGGCAUCCCCGACGCGCCAGCGAGGCAACUCAGGGGCUUUGAGAAACCAUUCAUCAACGUCACGCAGUCAACUACGGUCACUUUUGCACUGAACAGAAGAGACUUGUCGGUUUGGGAUGUCGUUGCGCAGAAGUGGCUCCUUCAGUCGGGAUCGUAUAGCGUGUACGUUGGCUCUAGCAGUCGGGAUCUUCCAUUGCGAGGCACGUUGUCUUUGUGAACUUCAAAUUUGGAGCUGGGCCCUGUGCAUUCCACGGGUGAGAUCUAGAUCUUGGGUUGUUUGUGAUAACAAUGGAUAGAUGGCUUAGACGUUUACUGGAUGGUGGAGCGUGGAUAAGCCAAUGAUUAGGGUGUCAAGGAUGGGAUACUCGGAAAAUUUAAGGUGUAAUGAGAGAUGAUCCGGCCUGGAAAGUUGGGCUGUAAUAUGGACUUGCCACUGUAUAUUCAGUAAUUAUGUUAUGGUUUGGAAACGGAAGACUGGCAAAUUGCCAUCCUGUGACUAAGUAAUAAAUACAACGGGUUCGACAGUAC